UUCGAGAGGAGCUAUGCCCAGGCUAACCCUGAAUGGCAUCACCGUGGACUUCCCCUUCCAGCCCUACCCCUGCCAAGUGGUCUACAUGGAGAAGGUGCUGGAGUGCCUGCAGAAGAAGGUAAAUGGCAUUUUGGAGAGCCCCACGGGGACAGGCAAGACCCUGUGCCUGCUGUGCUCCACUCUGGCGUGGAGAGAGCACUUCAAAGACACCAUCUCAGCCAGGAAGAUCGCUCAGCGGCUGGGCGGGGAGGAGCUGUUCCCCGGCAGACCUCUGUCCUCCUGGGGCACUGCUGCCACUGAUGCUGACACCUCAACUUAUUACACUGAUGUUCCCAAGAUAAUUUAUGCCUCCAGAACUCACUCGCAGCUUACACAGGUCAUUAAUGAGUUGAAGAACACAGUCUACAGGCCAAAAAUCUGUGUUUUGGGUUCCAGAGAACAACUUUGCAUCAAUCCAGAAGUAAAGAGGCAGCAGAGCAACCACAUGCAGAUCUACCUGUGCAGGAGCAAAGUGAUGAGUCGUGCCUGUCACUUCUACAACAACGUGGAAGAGAAGAGCACAGAUAAAGAACUCAUGAACUCCAUCAUGGACAUUGAAGACUUGGUUAAAAAUGGAAGCAAGCACAGAGCCUGUCCAUAUUACCUCUCUCGCAACCUGAAGCAGCAGGCAGAUGUUGUUUUCAUGCCUUACAACUAUUUGCUGGACUCAAAGAGCCGUAAAUCACACAACUUAGACCUGAAAGGGACUGUGGUGAUCCUUGAUGAAGCUCACAAUGUGGAGAGGCUGUGUGAGGAAUCAGCAUCUUUUGACCUGACUCCCUAUGACCUGGCUUCAGCCAUGGAUGCUGUAAACAUCCUGCUGGAAGAGCAAGCCAAACUGCUUCAGCAGAAUGAGGUCAAUGCUGAGUUCAACAUGGACUUGGUCACUUCAGGGCUGGACAUGGAGCUGGAAGAUUUAGCCAAGAUCAAGAAAAUUCUUCUUCAGCUGGAAAGUGCUAUUGAUGCAGUGGAGCUGUCCCCAGAUGACUCUGGAAUCACCAAAGAGGGAAGUUACAUCUUUGAUCUGUUUGCUCAAGCUCAAAUCACAUUCCAGACCAAAUCCUCCCUCCUGGAGUCUCUGGAGCAGAUCCUGCAGUACCUCUCCAGCCGUACUGGGCUCUUUGUCAAUGCAGCAGGAUUGCACAAGCUCUCAGAUAUUAUCCAGAUUGUGUUCAGUGGUGAUUGCCCAGAAGACACAACAGGUUUCAAGCCACAUCAGUCCAUAUCCAAAUAUUACAAGGUCCACAUCCACCUGGAUAGCAGCAGUGAGAAGAGGAAAGCAAGGACAGACCUCUGGACUUCAUCCUCUGCUAAAAAAGAAGGAAAGACCUUGAGCUAUUGGUGCUUCAGCCCUGGCUACAGCAUGCACGAGUUGGUUCGCCAGGGGGUCAGGUCCAUCAUCCUCACCAGUGGGACUCUCUCCCCCCUCUCCUCAUUCACAAUGGAAAUGCAGAUCCCUUUCCCUGUUUCUCUGGAGAACCCUCACGUUAUCAGCCAGCAGCAGCUCUGGGUUGGCAUCAUCACAAAGGGACCUGAUGGAGUUGAGCUGACUUCUAACUACGAAAGAAGGUUUUCAGAGGAUUAUUUAUCUUCCCUGGGGAAAACAGUUGGUAACCUGGUGCGAGUCGUGCCCCACGGGAUGCUGGUCUUCUUCCCAUCCUAUCCUGUCAUGGAUAAGAGCCUGGAAUAUUGGAGAGAGCAUGAUCUUGCUAAAAGAAUAGAAGAAGUGAAGCCCAUGUUUGUGGAGCCCAGGAACAAAGGAAGCUUUGCAGAGGUGAUGGAUGCUUACUAUGAUAAAGUUGUCUGCCCUAAGUCCACUGGAGCUACUUUCUUGGCAGUCUGUCGAGGGAAGGCCAGUGAGGGCUUGGACUUCGCAGACAUCAGUGGACGAGGAGUCAUCAUCACUGGGCUGCCCUUCCCUCCUCGGAUGGAGCCCAGAGUUGUGCUGAAGAUGCAGUUCCUGGAUGAAAUGAGGAGGAGUGCUGCAGGUGCACAGUAUUUGUCUGGCCGGGAGUGGUACAACCAGCAAGCUUCCCGCGCUGUCAACCAGGCCAUCGGCAGGGUCAUCAGGCACCGCCAGGACUAUGGGGCCAUCUUCCUCUGUGACCACAGGUUCACUGCUGGCUCUGUCAGAGGCAAACUCCCCUCCUGGGUCCGGCCCUACGUGAACGUCUAUGGCAACUUCGGGCAUGUGGUCAGAAGUGUCUCCUCCUUCUUCCGCCUGGCUCAGGAGACUAUGCCUCCACCCCUGCCCCCCUCCUCUCGUUGCCUGGGUGAAAGCAGCACAGCAGCAUCUCUGUCACCUGAGCAGAUCCUCUCCCUCAGGAAAGCCAAAAACUUGGAUGACCACGUGCCCAGUUUGAAGAGGAAAAGGAAAGUAAAUGGAGAUGAAGCAUCCAGCUUGUGCCUGGAGUAUGAAGAGGAACUCAACUCACCUAGAAGGAAGUGCCUUGGGCUCUUGGAUGCCUUGGAGCACAAUGAGAGGAGCAGUGAGGAUGCAGAGGAAGAAGAUGACUUGCCAGGAGAGGAGGAGGCACGAGGUCUGUCCACACUGUCCCUUCAGUAUGAGAAGAGGUUAACAGAUGAGCAGAGAGGAGGAAGGAGGAAGAUCAAGCUUGUCAGCAACGCACAAGCUGAGAAGACAGCAGAGCUGGGUGACCCCAAGAAGGCUCGAGCUGCCUCCUACAUUGCCACAGUGAAGGAGACCCUCAGCCAGCAGAGCUACCAGCUCCUCUCCAGGGCUCUUCAGCACUACAAGGUGACAAACGACUUCCAGGCCAUGCUGGCUCAGCUGAGCUCUCUCUUCACAGAGGAUGAAAGCAAACAUCCCUUGUUACGAGAUUUUUACCAGUUUGUUCGACCUCAACAUAAAAAGCAGUUUGAUGAAGCCUGUUGCAGUCUGACUGGACUGGGUUGUGGCUACAAACCUGAGCACAGCCUCCAGCAAGAAGAGAGGGAAAUGUCAAUGAAGGCAGGAGGCUCCCUGACAAGAAGCUGGGCUGAUGGGACAGAAAGAAGGCACAAGGACAAAGCUACAUUCUCCAUGGCCUCCUGUGCCCAGCUGAACCAAGGACAGUUCCACCUGGCAGCAGGACUGCAGGCUGCAGAUUUUUACCAGUUUCUUCAGCCUCAACACAAAAACCAGUUUGGUGGAGCCUGCUGCAGUCAGACUGGACUGGGUUAUGGCUACAAACCUGAGUGCAGCUUCCAGCAGCGAGAUAGGAAGAAGCUAACCAAGAGAAGAAGAAGAAGGCGCAGGAGGCAGAGAGCUGCAUUCUUAAAGGCCUCCUGUGCCCAGCUGACCCCAGGGCUGCAGAUGAACCAAGGACAGUUCCACCUGGCAGCAGGACUGCAGGCUGCAGGUGAAGCCAAGCUUAAGGCUCAGGUGCCAGAGAAGUUUUCCUCCUGUUCCACCCAGCAAAUCAAACUUGAAUUCCCAGAGUUUGAAGCACCUGAAGGACUCAGCAAUGUGAGAGGCCCUACAGGCUCUGUGCCUCUCUUCACCCCAAAGCUGGAGCCAGAGUUUGGUCUGUUAAAUGCUGCCUGUGUCUGCUCAGAUGAAACCAAGGUUAAGAUUGAAGUGCCAGAGACAGCUCUGGAGGAGUUUUUCCCCUCCUGCUCUACCCAGCAAGUCAAGCUUGAGUGGCCAAAGACUGAAGCAGAAGAACCCAGUGGGAUGAGAGGUCCCAGAGGCUCUCACCCUGUGCCUCUCUUCACCCCAAAGCUGGAGCCAGAGUUUGACGAAGCCAAGGUUAAGAUUGAAGUGCCAGAGACAGCUCUGGGGGAGCUUUUCCCCUCCUGCUCUACCCAGCAAGUCAAGCUUGAAUGGCCAAAGACUGAAGCAGAAGAAGAACCCAGUGGGAUGAGAGGCCCCAGAGGCUCUCACCCUGUGCCUCUCUUCACCCCAAAGCUGGAGCCAGAGUUUGACGAAGCCAAGGUUAAGAUUGAAGUGCCAGAGACAGCUCAGGAGGAGAUUUCCCCCUCCUGCUCUACCCAGCAAAUCAAGCUUGAAUGGCCAAAGACUGAAGCAGAGGAAGAAUCCAGUGGGAUGAGAGGCCCCAGAGGCUCUCACCCUGUGCCUCUCUUCACCCCAAAGCUGGAGCCAGAGUUUGACGAAGCCAAGGUUAAGAUUGAAGUGCCAGAGACAGCUCUGGGGGAGCUUUUCCCCUCCUGCUCUACCCAGCAAAUCAAGCUUGAAUUCCCAGAGUUUGAAGGACUCAGCAAUGUGAGAGGCCCUGCAGAUGCUGAGCCUGUGCCUGACUUCCCUCCGGAGCCUGAGACAGACUCUGAGAGCUACGUGUGCCCUGGCUGUGGAUCCGAGGCUGCCGUGCCCUAUGGCUGUCCCUGCUGCCCCUGCACUCGCUGUGCUGCCUGCUGGAAGCACAUCUUAAAGGUGGGCAAGAGGUGCCCAGAGUGCCACUGCCGUGCGAAGAAGAGGAGGUUACUUGAAGCCUUCUGACUUGAACCUCAGACAGGGACAAGUGCUUGGUGCCAGCAGCAGGGAUCCCUGUGCUGUGUGCUCCAGCUGGGCAGAAGCAGGCUGAAGGCUCAGUUCACUCUCUGUGGCUGGCAUCCUGCACGCCAGCACCUCUCACUUCUUCUUCCUGCAGAGGUGACCAAGUCUGCAGGGUCUCUGUCUUCAGCCACCAGCAGGAGACAGCAGAACGAUGUCCUCUGUUGGGAUUCAGCAGGUACCUUCCUCAUGUCAGCCUCUAAGCUCUCCUCUGGACACUGCCAGGCUGGAGUUUGAUAUCCUGGAGGGGGUUGUGGCGUUCACUGCACCCUGCAGGCAAUACCAGACCCUGGGAGGAGCCUGGCAGCAGAGCUGAGCUGGCAAGAGCCAGGAGCCCACAGUGCCCUUCCUCCCCCGGCCUGCUGCUGCUGGAGGAAGGGAUUCAUAUUUGCCUGGCAGCAGCUGCUGCCUCCAGUAGAAGAUCCUGGGGGAAAAAUGAUCUGCUGAAGAGAAAUUGCCAUGGUUGGGCAGUGAGUCUGAGCACUGCCUGGCAGCUGUUGGGCAUUCCAGAGCCUGACCCUUUCCAGCCUGCUGUGGCAGCCUUUGUGAAGUGCUUCUCGGGAGCCUUUUGUUUUCUCCUGGGUGUUGUUCCUUCUGUUGUGCCUCUGUUAGCUGAUGUUUGCUUCUCCAGGAGAGGAAGGGACAAAAGGAGUUCAACUGAUGUUAAAACUCCUCAGUCCCUGCACUCUGUGAGCAGUUUGGGUUGCAGUGGUCAGCCUGAAGGGUUUGAAUCCUUUUUGUAUCUCCCAGUUGCUGUUGUAAGUCAACCAAAGCUUCCAAUAAAGCCAUUGGUGCCUGAA